CUAAAGAUGAUGACUCGCGAUCAUGCUAACAAGCGAAAACGGACAUUUUAAGGACUGUAAAUAAUGCCAAGAACGACACAAUGCCUUCCCAAAGCUCUGUCCUCCCCUCUUUACUCUUCCUCGUGUCAGUUACAAGGACAAUUUCAUCUAAAUGGGUUGCACAAGGCAGGAGAUGUGGUUAUAGGUGGUCUGUUUCAGAUCCACUUCUUUUCUGUUUUUCCUGACCUGUCUUUUACCUCACAACCACAACAGCCUUCCUGCCAUAGUUAUGAUGUUCUAGGAUUCAGGCAGGCCCAGACCAUGGCCUUUGCUAUUGAUGAAAUCAACAUGAACCCCAACCUGCUUCCUAACGUGACUCUGGGAUACAGUCUUUAUGAUAACUGUAUCAAUCUAGGAAUUGGAUUUCGUGCAGCAAUGUCCUUAAUCAGUGGUCAAGAGGACCAGUUUGUAUUAGAUGAGACCUGUGCAGGAACCCCUCCAGUCAUAGGGGUUGUGGGUGAUUCUUCUUCUACACGCUCUAUUGCUAUUUCCACUGUCUUAGGUUUGUACAGAGUACCUAUGGUGAGUUAUUUUGCCACAUGUUCCUGCCUGAGUGACCGGCAAAAGUUUCCAUCCUUCUUUAGAACGAUCCCAAGUGAUGCUUUCCAGGUGCGUGCUAUGAUUCAGAUCCUAAAACACUUUGGCUGGACUUGGGCAGGUGUGCUCAUCAGUGAUGAUGACUAUGGACUCCACGCUGCUCGAUCCUUACAAUUUGACUUGGCUCAGUCUGGUGGAGGUUGUCUGGCAUACCUAGAGAUUUUGCCUUGGGGCUAUGAACAAACUGAACUAAGGAGGAUUGUGGAUGUGAUGAAGAAAUCCACAGCUCGUGUUGUCAUUGUGUUUGCACAUCUAAAUCACAUGAUUAACCUCAUGGAAGAGGUGGUAAGGCAGAAUGUGACAGGCCUGCAGUGGAUUGCCAGUGAAGCUUGGUCAGCAGCUGCUGUGUUCCAGACACCCCGCUAUAUGCCUUACCUGGGCGGCACACUGGGCAUCACCAUCCGUCGAGGAGAAAUAACUGGACUUAGGGAUUUCCUCUUACAAUCACGCCCUGAUCUACACCACAACACCAGUUCAGGAAAUAGCACUGUAAACCAGUUUUGGGAAUACACAUUUCAGUGUAGAUUUGCACCACCUCCAGCUGGUUGGGUUGAAGCUGGCGGAGCAAUAUGCACUGGACAAGAAGAUCUAGAGAAAGUGGACACUAAGUUUGUGGAUGUUUCUAACCUCAGGUCAGAGUAUAACGUGUACAAGGCUGUGUAUGCUUUGGCAUAUGCCCUUGAUGAUAUGCUGCAGUGUGAGCCUGGGAGAGGGCCUUUCAGUGGGAACACCUGUGGUAAUUUAAAAGGAUUGGAGCCAUGGCAGCUUGUGUAUUACUUGCAAAAGGUGAACUUCACCACAGCCUUUGGUGAUCAUGUAUCAUUUGAUGAGAAUGGUGAUGCCUUACCAAUAUAUGAUAUCAUGAACUGGUUGUGGCUCCCUGAUGGAAGAACUAAACUUCAAAAUGUGGGUGAGGUUAAAAAGUCGGCCUUCAAAGGUGAACCACCCCGGUCAGUGUGCAGUGAGAGCUGUCCUCCAGGUACUCGUAUGGCCAGAAAAAAGGGGCAACCUGUGUGUUGUUUUGACUGCAUCCCUUGUUCUGGGGGAAAAAUCAGCAAUAUGACUGACUCCAUUGAGUGCACCAGUUGUCCUGAGGACUUCUGGUCCAGCCCCCAGCGUGACCACUGUGUUCCUAAAAAGACAGAGUUCCUCUCCUACCAUGAGCCUCUGGGUAUCUGCUUGACAGCCACCUCAUUGCUGGGCACAUGUAUCUGUGCUGUUGUCCUGGGCAUCUUUAUCUAUCAUCGCACAACGCCUAUAGUACGAGCCAACAAUUCAGAGCUUAGUUUCCAGUUACUGUUGUCACUGAAGUUAUGUUUCCUGUGUUCACUGCUGUUUAUUGGUCGUCCCAGGCUUUGGACAUGCCAGUUAAGACAUGCAGUAUUUGGGAUCAGCUUUGUGCUUUGUGUCUCAUGCAUUCUGGUGAAAACCAUGGUGGUUCUGGCUGUGUUCAAGGCGUCCAAGCCAGGAGGUGGAGCCAGUCUGAAGUGGUUUGGCACUAUGCAGCAGAGAGGAACAGUUAUUGUUCUUACUUCUAUUCAAGCAGCAAUUUGUACUGUCUGGCUUUUAUCUGCCUCACCAACCCCUCAUAAAAACUAUCAAUACUACAAUGAUAAAAUAGUUUAUGAAUGUGUAGUUGGGUCUACAGUUGGUUUUGCAGUUUUACUGGGCUACAUUGGCUUAUUAGCUGUCCUCAGUUGUCUGAUUGCAUUUAUAGCAAGAAAUCUUCCAGAUAGUUUCAAUGAGGCCAAAUUUAUUACUUUCAGUAUGCUGAUCUUCUGUGCUGUUUGGGUGGCCUUUAUUCCUGCUUAUAUCAGCUCACCAGGCAAAUAUGCAGAUGCAGUAGAGGUGUUUGCCAUCUUAGCCUCCAGUUAUGGCCUCUUGGUGGCGCUGUUUGGACCCAAAUGCUACAUAAUCCUGCUGAGACCAGAGAGGAACACAAAGAAAGCAAUCAUGGGUCGGGGAGUAGAGUAA